UAUAAUUCGUUUUAUAAUGGACAAUAAUAUCUUCUACAAAGACGCCGCUCGAUAUUGGGCUAAUGUGCCGUCCACAAUAGACGGAGUUCUCGGAGGUUUUGGGCAUAUUGCGGACAUUGACAUCGCGGGAUCCAAACAAUUUCUAGACCAACUAUUAUCGAUUGAUAAACCACCAGCAACCAAGCGAGCAUUAGACUGUGGAGCCGGUAUUGGUAGAGUUAGUAAAAACCUUUUAAUACCUUAUUUCGAUAAGGUUGAUUUAGUUGAGCAGGAUGAGAAGUUCAUUAACACGGCCAAACAAUCGAUAGGAGAUGAUAGCAAAUUAGGAAUAUUGUAUCAAGUUGGUCUGCAAAAUUUUAAGCCACAGGAAAAAUAUGACGUAAUAUGGUGCCAAUGGGUACUGGGGCACUUAAAUGAUUAUGAUUUGAUUGGUUUCUUAGAAAGAUGCCGGCAAGCUCUUGCAGAAAACGGCUUGGUUGUAAUUAAAGAGAACAUAACAACAUCAGACGAAUUGGAGUAUGAUGAUGAAGAUUCGUCAGUCACGCGCCCGGUAAAAUUGAUGCUCAAAAUAUUCGAGGAAGCUAAUUUAGAAAUGAUAAGAACUGAGAUACAAACUGGUUUUCCAGAUGAUAUCUAUCCAGUUCACAUGUUUGCUUUAAAGCCAUCGUAAA